AUGAACAAUCCUCCAUCAUAUCAACCGUACGGCGGUCCUCCUCCACAGCAGACGCAAAUGUCACAUGCCAAUGCAUUUCGUCCCUUGAACCCAGCACAGUCAAGCACGUCGCUCUCGGCAAACGGCGGUCCCACCUUUACACGUAGCGGCCAACCUUCGACAGGCAGUAUUAAUGCCCCACAUCAGCAGCAAAUGGGCACUGGACCACGUGGUCUCGCACCUCCGAACCGCAGCUUUUCGUCGGGUCCAUCCAGUCAGCCCACUGGACCAUCUACGCAACAGUUCACCAAUCAUCCAGUGCCCAUGAGCGGCGGAGGCUACGGCCCUCCCAUGGGAGGUUUGUCUAUUCCACCGCUCCAGCCGAUGCGUGGAGUACCGCCAGUGGGCGUCGUCCCUCCUUCCGGACCAGGACUACCUGCGCGUGGCUACCCACCACCUGCUGGAUCGUUGAACCAGGGACCAUCUAACGCCCAGAACAGACUCGCACAGCAGUUUAAUAAUAUGGGAAUUAAUGGGCCUACAGGUCCAGGCUCUGCGCAAUUGCCGAGAGGAUCUCCGCCAAUGGGAGGAGCAAUGGCACCUCCACCUGUUAUGAACAUACAACAGCAGCAGAUACCAGCCAUGAACCAACAACAGCAGCCUGUGAUGACUCAGCAACAACCGCCUGAUGCGUACAACAAGAAUCUAACGAGUGGAAAUUUUCAGCAGCCUAAUGACAUGAUGAACAGUGGCUAUGGAGGACAGUCGGGUUUCCAGGGACAACAGAUGCAGCAGGAGACACCUUUAAGCAAAGAAAUGAUGGCAUCGCAAUGCGAUUCGCGUUACAUGCGACUGACGGUGAAUGCACUGCCACACUCUCUUGACCAUGCAAAGAAGUCGAAGCUGACAUACGGACUUAUUAUCCGACCGUUUGCACCGAACGAUGAGGGAAAUGACCUGGAUGUAGUAAAUUUCGGCCCUACUGGCGUUAUCCGUUGCCGUCACUGCCGCACGUACAUGAAUCCGUUCGUACAGUGGGUGGACAAUGGCCGUCGCUGGCGGUGCAACUUAUGUGGAAUAUCCAACGACGUCGCCAGCUCGUAUUUCUGCCACUUGGGUGCCAACCAGCUGCGUCAGGAUCGCAACGAGCGCCCGGAGCUUCAUUCAGGCAGUGUGGAGAUUGUUGCUCCGUCCGAGUACAUGAUGCGUCCUCCCCAGCCACCCUGUUUCGUGUUUGUCAUUGAUGUUUCAGCAACCGCUGUGGCAUCGGGAUCACUUCACGUUGCAGUUAAUACGAUCAGGGAGCAGCUUGACAAGCUUCCUGGCGCACCACGGACGCGCGUAGGCUUUGUCACGUAUGACAACACAAUCCAUUUCUACAACUUAAAGUCGACACUGAAGGCCCCACAAAUGAUGGUGGUGGCUGAUCUGGAUGAGCUCUUUAUUCCUAUUCCGGAUGAGCUGCUUGUGAAUUUGAGCGACUCUCGUGAGGUCGUUGAGAUGUUACUUGAAACCUUACCGUCUAUCCACCAUAACGCGCGCUCUGCCGAAACUGUACUGGGACCUGCUAUCCGGGUCGCUUUUAAGCUCAUGUCAUCGAUUGGUGGUAAAAUGGUCGUCUUUCAGAACUCGUUGCCAUCAGCUGGAAAUGGAGCCCUCCGAAACCGCGACAAUCCUCGUUUGUAUGGAACAGACAAGGAACACACUUUGCUUCAGGCCGCGGAUACAUUUUAUCGUACAAAUGCCAUUGACUUUUGCCGCCAGCAAGUCAGCGUAGACAUGUUUUUAUUUUCAUCGAUGUAUACUGAUAUCGCCUCAUUGGGCUCACUGUCAAAAUACUCGGCAGGUCAAGUGUACUACUAUCCGGCUUUUAACGCUGAAAGAGACGGGGAAAAAUUUAGCAAAGAGCUGGCACACUGCCUUGUUCGCGAGUCUGCAUGGGAGGCUGUGAUGCGCGUCCGCUGUACAAAGGGAAUGCGCCUUGCCAAUUUUUACGGCAACUUUUUUUUGCGAGGCCCGGACCUGCUCGCGCUUCCGACAUGCAACGCUGACUCGACGUUCGCAGUAGAGAUUACGCACAGUGACGCUCUUUUGACAUCUUCGACAAUCUCCGUGCAGGCUGGUGUGCUGUACACGAACUCGGGCGGUGAGCGACGUAUUCGUGUGCACACUGUCUGCAUUCCCGUCACCAAAUUGUUUGCGGAGCUCUUCCGUCAGGUCGAUCAAGACGCACUGUGCAACAUCAUGGCCAAAAAUGCGCUAGAGAUUGCGCUUAAGACAGGAUUGGACAGUGGUCGAUCGCGUUUGCAGACACAGUGUGCGGAUAUUGUACGUGCCUACCGCAACUCGGGUGCUUAUGGCACCAAGCAAUCCUCUGGUUACCAGUUGCACCUCCCUGAGUCAAUACAGCUUCUGCCUCUGUAUAUCAUGUCUCUUCUCAAAAACCCAACCUUGCGUGGUGGCACCGACCUGACAGCGGACGAGCGCACGUUUUUGCAAUAUGAGUUGAACAAUAUGCCUGUCGAGCUGUCGCGGGUGUUUAUCUACCCACGAAUGUUUGCUCUGCACAACAUGCCACCUGAGGCGGGCCUGCCUGCUGCAGUAGAGGGCAUCGAUGGUGCCGGCGCUACAUCCAUUGUACUUCCACCGGUGAUUAAUCUUUCGAUCGAGCGACUGCAGUGCGACGGAGUGUUCUUGCUCGAUGACACUUUGAGCCUCUACCUUUGGGUUGGUCGCUCGGUUUCACUUGAACUUCUGGGGAGUCUUUUUGGUGUUUCUUCCAUGGAAGGCGUGGAUUGCAGCCAGUUAAAACUCCUCGCUCCACACGACGACAUAAGCAACCGUGUUGACGCCAUCUUGUCGGCUAUCCGCUCGGAGCGAUUGCCUCACCAAAAUGUGGUAAUCAUGCGGGAGGGCGAUCCUGUUGAGGGCCGAUACUUUUGGAAGCUAGUAGAAGACCGGGCCAGCUUCCCCGGUGGCUCGUACUCGUACUCGGAGUACCUGGGUCAAAUCAGCCGCAUGAGUCUUUCUGGCGGUACCGGCGGAAGAUAG